AUUUAUCCAGCACUACAGCAGUGCGCAGACUUAUGGAUUCGACAUCACCAACUACUCCAAAAGCAUUUCGACUAAAAAUGACAAAAGCAAGCGAGCCUCAGCAGUUGAUUCGGCAAACAGUAGAGCUUCGCAUUGACGAUCUCUCUUUCAACCUGUCCACCAUUCGUCGAGACGGACCUUUAGUUCCAAUUUUCUUCUUACAUGGCUUCGGAGGUACUAAAGAAGACUAUGUUGACAUCGCCCUCAAUCCACUAUUUACUGGUCGGCCCUUCUUAGCCUACGAUUCGCCCGGUAGCGGAGAAUCGACAAUGUCCGAUCUAUCUCAGCUAUCAAUGCCCUUGCUUGUCUCAAUCGCGGAACAAGUGCUUGAGCAAUUCAACAUCACCCGCUAUCACCUGGUUGGCCACUCAAUGGGCGGACUGGUGUCUAAUCUACUGGCUCAACGGCAGCCAUCAUCGGUGUCGAGUUUUAUCAAUAUCAAAGGAAACCUCGCCCCAGAAGACUGCUUUCUGAGUCGGCAGGUCCUCCACUACCCAUCAGAUGACGCGGAAGCAUUUGUUAAUGAGUUCAUCGAGCGAACACGCCAAUCACCGCUUUAUGGCAAUGGGCUGUACGCGGCUUGCUUUCGUUCCAAGGUGCAAGCCGCGGUAGUUCGGCCUACGUUUGAGUCUAUGGUAGACUGCACGGAUAACGGGAGACUCUUGGAGGCCUUUGAGAAUUUCACCUUUCCAAGAAUGUAUAUGUUUGGGGCGCAAUAUGCUUCCUUAUCAUACAUGCCCAGGCUGGUCAAGGCCGGGGUGGAGCUGGCUGAGAUACCUCACAGUGGGCAUUUUGUUAUGUAUUCGAACCCUGUAGCGAUGUGGGAGCGAAUCGCCCAGUUUGUGAGCCGUAUAGAGUAUUUCAAUGGAGACAGAACUUGUAUUAUAUAAGCUUGAAUAUAUACAAGUGUUGAAGUUAA